GUGACCACUCCUUAAUUACCGCGACUGAAGAAUGAAUGAAUACUAAUAAAUAUUGGAUAUUGUGGGCGUGAUAAAGGGAGGAGAGCGUGGUGUGGAAGAAGCGGAGCCCAGUCGAAACUUUUAAGUUUUUAUAAACACUUGUAUCGGCCUCCAGAACUUAAUUAGAAACUCGCCGUCUCGCGCUCGCCGCAAACCCCUGGGAGGCCUCAGGAGGGGUACCGCCAUCUUUGUUGGGGUAAUAUCCUGCGCGGUGCCUGCCCGAUCGCCAUGUUCAUAGGGGCAAUAUGCAGCAAAGCGCACACGCUGCAAUUUCUUUGUCGGAGCUUCCAAGAGGAGGAUUUAUGCACAUCAAAUUCCAACCAGACAAACGUUUACCUCUUUUAAAAAAAACCCAAAAAAACUGCGGAUGCUGUAAAUCAGCAACAAAACCAAAGCUGCUGGAAAAGCUCAGCAGGUCUGGCAGCAUCUGUGAAGGAGAAAGCAGAGUUAACGUUGGAAUGUUAUGAGGGAAUCACUGUCUAGGCCAGCAUUUAUUGCCCACAGGGUAGUUAUGAGUCAACCACAUUGCUGUGGCUCUGGAGUCAGAUACAGGACAGACCAGAGUAUUAGAAGAGGAGGAUUUGUAAUCAGGAAAUUGAAACCAAGGAGUUUGUUGUAACCUGAAUAACAGCACAUUUUGAAAAUGGAAGGAAAGAGCACCAUUCACAGCAGGGAGAAACCAUACAUGUGCUCUGUGUGUGGACGAGGCUUCAACCAAUCAUCUGGCCUGUCAGGACACAAAUGGAGUCACCGUGGAGAGAAACCGUGGAAGUGUACAGACUGCGGGAAGGGAUUCAUUUCACCAUCAAGGCUGGAAGCUCAUCGACGCAUCCAUACUGGGGAAAGACCAUUCACUUGCACUGAGUGUGGGAAGGGAUUCACUCAGUUAUCCCACCUGCUGUCACACCAGCGAAUUCACACUGGAGAGAGGCCAUUCAGCUGCUCUGAGUGUGGGAAGGGAUUUGCUCAGUCAACCCACCUGCUGACACACCAACAAGUCCACACUGGAGAAAGGCUGUUCACCUGCUCCAAGUGUGGGAAGGGGUUCACUGCCUCAUCUAUUCUGCUGAGACACCAGCGAGUUCACUCUGAUGAGCGACCUUUUAAGUGUCCAGACUGUGGGAAAUGCUAUAAAAGUUAUGAGGAAUUGAUAUCUCAUCAACGUGUUCAUACUGAUGAGAGACCAUUCAGGUGCUCUCACUGUGGGACUGGAUUCAGGUUGUCAUCUCAUCUCACUGUGCACCAACGAGUGCACACCGGGGAGAGGCUGUUUACCUGCUCCAAGUGUGGGAAGGGAUUCAGUGAAUCGUCUACCCUGCUGAGACACCAGCUUGUUCACACUGAUGAGAGAUUGUUUAAAUGCCCAGACUGUGGCAAGUGCUAUAAAAGCUCUGGAGACCUGAUGUCCCAUCAACGUGUUCACACUGACGAGAGACCAUUCAGAUGCCCUCACUGUGGAACUGGGUUCAAACACUCAUCUCAUCUCACUGUCCACCAGCGAAUUCACACAGGGGAGAGACCAUUCACUUGUUCACAGUGUGGGAAGGGAUUCACACAGUCAGCUCAUCUGCUAAGACACAAGCAAGUUCACAAGUAAUUACAGUGAUUGGAUUUUGUUGCUUAUUCCAACACCAGAAUAGUUUGAUAACUGAUAAAGAGAAGGUAUUGGAUAAUCUGUCUGUCCUUAAAGCUAACAAUCUAGUGGCUUAUUAUAAUGGAACCAAAGAUGUGAGAGUGGUGCCAAGGACUGGUGAAAAGCAAAUGGCAUGUCCUCAUUUAAAAAGAUGGUGGAAAAGUGUGUCUACCAUCUACAGGUCAACUGGUGAAACUUCAGCAGUUAGGAAUUUCCGGAAUGGGUUUAGAUCAAAAUUAACAGUCAUGUGGACAAUAACAGAGGAGAGUUAGUGUGGUUUUUGUCAGGGUAAGGCCCCUUUAAUAAACGUAUUGGAGUUUUUUCACAGAGGCUAUAGAGAAGGUUUGCAAUUAAUGCAUGUGGAUCUCAAGAAGGCAUAUUAGAUUAGAUUCCCUACAGUGUGGAAACAGGCCCUUCGGCCCAACAAGUCCACACCGCCCCUUGAAACAUCCCACCCAGACCUAUCCCCUAUAACCUAUACACCCCUGAACACUACGGGCAAUUUAGUACGGCCAAUCCACCUAGCCUGCACAUCUUUGGACUGUGGGAGGAAACCAGAGUACCCUGAGGAAACCCACGCAGACACGGGGAGAAUGUGCAAACUCCACACAGACAGGCACCCGAGGCUGGAAUUGAACCCGGGUCCCUGGUGCUGUGAGGCUGCAGUGCUAACCACUUAGCCACCGUGCCACCAUGAUAAAGGGAAACCCACCAGUUGUGAGCCAAAUUAGAGCUAAUGGCGUAAAAGGGUUAGUAGCUAUGUCGAUACAGUAAACUGAGAGCUGUAGUUAGUGGAUGUUUUUUGGGUUACAGACAAGCUUGUAUGGAGUUCCCAGGUAUUUGGGGCAUUUACUUUUCCUAAUAUAUGCUGUCACAUUUAAAACCAUUUCUCAUACAUGUUUAUAUAUGUAUCUAUUUAGUGAAUAUUUUAAUACACAUUAAACAAGCUAGAAAGGAUGGCUCUGAUAAACACAUAUCUGGACUUGGCAGUAAACAUUUGGAAGUAUCUUCAAAAGCUGAAGCUGAAGGAUAAUCAGCACCUUAUGGACCUCCACAUGGGAUACAAAUAUUAAUAUACGGUGUUAUAAACUGCCACAGAGACAGAUUGUCUCUAAUGUAAACCUUAACAGAAGAAUUGCAAGCUAUUCCUCUUUUGUAAGGGGAUAUGUGAAUCUCUCUGCUUAGCUUCUGAGAUGGCCCAUAGCCAGUUGUCUAUCUGCAAUGAUGUGGAGGUGCUGGCUUUGGGCUGGAAUGGACAAAGUGAGAAGUCACACAUCACCAGGUUGCAGUCCAACAGGUUUAUUUGAAGAAUCACAAGCUUUUGGAGUGCCUAAGUCUUUGAUUUUAACUGUUUUCCACCACACCAUGCAUCAAGAAGCCUGGUCAUGUGACACUCCACUGAAUUCAACUGCUUUCUAACUUUACAGUGAUCAAAUCGCAGACAGUCAAGGAGUCAGUUCUGUUUCAUGCAACACUACUGACAAUUUCAAAACCCGAAACUGCUAAGCAGUUGUGUGACUGGCCUGGACAAAGCAGCCGGGAGCAGUAAUUCAAUGUUCUUUCCUUAAAACAGUCAAGUAGAAAUUAGAUUCCUGAAAUACUCAUGAAACAACCUUCAAAGGAAUGUCAAAAGAAGAAUUUGUCCAUAACUCCUGAAUUACUGGCAAGCCAAUAAACUACGCCCACAAAGAAAUUCCAGACUGCUAACUUCAGCUGCUUUUGUUUUUUUUUGGACAUUGUUAACUUGGUAUCCCUAGGUUGUUUUGUACUAAUGUGGUUGCUAGUGUUACAAAGCGGAGGUUGACCCCCUCUGAGAACUAAAACCGAAACACCCAAAGAGGAGGGCCUUGCCCUAUAAUCUGUAAAAGGCAUGUGAAAACUAGUGUAACCUGCCUUUCUGCAAUUUCUAGUGGUUACUUAAAAUAAA